UGUCCCGUGCUAUUGCUUUCUUGGGCUAAAUUUGUGUUUAUGGAUUUUGUUCUGAAGUUCUGUUUACUUCUUUGGGAACAUCCCUUGAGCUGCUCCAGGGUGAAAGUUCAUCCUUGUGGUAUUUCUGGCUUAUUUUCCAAAGGAAACAAGCAGAUGUGAUUGGGUGCUCUCACUCUCCCUCUGGAGCUUCUGAACCCAUUUGCCUUUUCAGUGGAAUUUGUCCAAGGCGUUGAUGUUUCAAAAAUGCUAAGUUCCUACACGUUUUGUGAAAAUAAAUGGCAGCAUAGAGGCCCUCAGUGUCCCGACAAAGGACAAGGCUAAUAAGUUCACCCCGCACUAGGCAUCGGAGAAUCCACACAGGAUGUUGUCACAGGAAACAGAGCUUCAUAAUCUUGCUGCUCACAGGGUGCUUCUGCUCCGUUCCCUGCUGCUGGCCUGGGGAUGGAUUUUUUUUUUUUUUUCUCUCCCCCUGAAAAAUAGGCAAUUCUUGCCUUUUCUGGAAAUGCAAAGCAAGCAGGGAGGUUUCUCUCUGUUGCUGUGUUCUGUUUUUUAUUUUUGUGAUCCUUGGGAUGUUUUUAUAAACAACUUUUGUCUUUUACUUUCCCACCCACCCCGCACUCCAAGUAAUUUGACGACUCUCAGUUUCUCAGUGAUUCAGGAGUCCUACUGGAGGAUUGCAGGGGCUGUAAUGAUUUUGUAAUGUCAAAAACUGCCUAGAAGAGUGGUCUUGAGCUCUCGCUCUCAUCCUUAUGUCUGAGGGGGUCAAAAUCUGAAAGCUCGUGGAAGAGCAGUGCUUGAGAAGGGCAAAAAUCUUACAACCUGUGAUGCUUUCCUUUAGUUGCUGCUGCAGUCUUAUCUUGGUUACUGUGCCUGGAGCAGCUUCGUUCCUUUUUAAAAAUAACGUUUGAAGUUGUGGGCAGUCGGUGCCCUUUUAUCUUUGCCACUUCCUCAAAAUUCGCAGCAAACAUUGGUUUAUUAGUUGUCCUCUCUGUUGCCAUAUGGCCUGCGUAUAUGGAGAGCUGAGUGGAGCACGGGGGAUGCAGGCAGGCGUCGGGCUCGUGUCAAACGAACAGCAAGGUGCUUGUGACCUCGAAGUGUGGUGCUGAGACUAAUUAGUACUACCCCAUGCGUGACUCUCUGCAUUCAUCUACUCCUUCUAGGAGCUGCGUCUCUUUCAUCAUGAGUUCUGAAUUAAAUGUUCCGGUGGAUCCUUCCACUCCUGCUUGCUGCUCUGAACCUGGCACAAAAGGCAUGGAUUAUCGGGACUGGGUCCGCCGCAGCUAUCUGGAAUUGGUCACAUCAAAUCACCACUCCGUUCAGGCCCUUUCAUGGAGAAAAUUGUACCUGAGCCGAGCCAAACUCAAAGCUUCCAGCAGAACCUCUGCUCUGCUCUCCGGGUUUGCAAUGGUUGCCAUGGUGGAGGUGCAGUUGGAAAUGCAGUACCAGUACCCUCAGAUGCUGCUGAUCGCUUUCAGUGCCUGCACAACAGUGCUGGUGGCCGUUCAUCUCUUUGCCUUGCUCAUCAGCACCUGCAUUCUGCCCAACGUGGAAGCAGUGAGCAACAUCCACAACCUGAACUCCAUCAGCGAAUCCCCACAUGAGCGCAUGCAUCCCUACAUAGAGCUGGCGUGGGGCUUCUCCACAGUCUUGGGAAUCCUCCUUUUCCUUGCGGAAGUUGUGCUUUUGUGCUGGAUAAAAUUUCUGCCUGUGGACUCCAUCCUGAAAAAUGAGACCACCAUCAUCCAGAAGCCCAGUGGCCACGCGGGUUGGCAGGCAGCCCUGGUCUCUACCAUCAUCAUGGUCCCAGUGGGUCUGAUCUUUGUUGUCUUCACCAUUCACUUCUACCGGUCUUUGGUGCGGCACAAAACGGAGCGCCACAACCGGGAGAUUGAAGAGCUUCACAAACUGAAAGUGCAGUUAGACGGGCAUGACAGAGGCAUGCAGGUAGUGUGACAGAGAGGCAGAGGGCUGCUGCCAGCAAAUCUGCUUAGCUGAGGCUAAGAGCAAAAUACCUGUUUGCUAGUUGACGAGACACACCAAUGAGGGAUUGUUUUGAGGCUUAACUAUCUAAAUGCUAAUUGCCUGCCAUAUGUAGCUGUGGGUUCUAGUGCUGUUUCAGAUGCUGUGGUCUCUGGCCUUUUUCUGGUCCUACACACUUCUAUAUUUGAAUAGACACUGCCAUGGAGUCAAAGGCCAAAACUUUAUCUACCUUAACGUUGGUACAAGUAGCCAAAUAUCUGUAUUUUUUACAAAUGCAACGUUUUGUUGCCAAGCGUAAAACUGCAUUAGCUGUCUAAAAAGCCAGUGUGUGUGUAGGACCUGUCUUGUGUGUCAGACCUCCCUGCCUGUCAGUGCAGCAGCACUUAACUGGCAGCUUGUUUCUAGAGCUGAGCUGGUUAAGGAUGGUAUCUGCAGUCGACUUGGGGACAUCCAAGAAAGCACAAUAGAAACUGUGAGCGUUCAUCGUCUUUGUUCUGAAACGGGUGUUCCAGAAAUAGGAAACCAGAAAGAAAUCAGCCUUAGCUUUUCUUUUCUUUUUCUUUUCUUGCUAAUCCUUACUAUAUUUUUGCAGCUGGGGAGGUAGAAUUUCAAAUUACAGGAGGCUGGGAAGCUCUGUCUUACUUGCCUCAACAGCAUUUGUCAUCUUAGGUUGAAUGCAUGCCAAGAUCGUGUGAUCUUUCCAGUACGAGGCAAGAGUACCCAGGGAAGGCUUACAGGUGUUUUCAUUUUAACGAGGACAUUCUUAAAACAGAACAGUGGCAAGGAAUUUAAUGAGACAUAGAACUUUGAAGGACUAGAAAAAAGCAAGUUUCAAGGAGGUAAGGAGUAAUAGCACAUAGCAUGCUCUGGAAAUCUGUUGCUAGGUCGUCUUCGUUUAUGUACUGUUGCAAUGUCUCUUGCUAGCCUGGUUUGCUGGAGAAAACAAGCCCCGACCCUGUAUAUUUUGUCAGUUUUGACUGUCAGUUGUAGCAUUAGCCUAGCCUGCAGAAAACGAACGUUUCCUUCUCCCCCACCAAAGCGAACAAUUCCUCUGGUGGAACCUGGAGUUGUAACGAUAAGUCUGAUGGAGCUGGAGCCAGGGGGAGAGCUGUAUGCCAUUAAAGAGAUAUCACAUUGCAUUUGAGCUGGCUUUUUUCAGCAGCAGAGAAAAUGACACUUGCAUGUCUGCAUCGCUUAGCAAGGAAAGUUUGUAAAUUUUACUAGCAUCCUUUUCAGUGAAAACUUCUGUAAAAAUGACUUUAUGAUUUAUGGUAACUUUAUGGAGGGAAAAGUGUUUUGCAACCAUCAGCUCUUUGAAGGAAAGGUAUGGCUUUCCGACAUGUAGCACUGAAAGACACGUAAGCACGUUUUCUUGGCCCUGCUCUGCACUUGAACAUCACAGUUGUACAGACUCUCAGGCCUUACAGGUUUCGAAAACCAUUAAGGAUGUUUGCAAUGCUCGGUUUAACCCUAGUCCUUUAUUCCACGGGGAUUUAAGAAAUCUAAUGUCAGUAUAUUACAUGUCAGCUUCCCAGAGUGCAUGUAACUCCCAGUGCCACAGGAAAGACUCUCCCUGUGUUCCCCUCUGAGGAGAGCCUUGGGAACUCACCUCUAAUCUCUCUUGUUUACCUGCGAGUUUGAUCAUUGCUGAACAAGUUGCUUAGAGCCGUGUCUGUGGCUGUCAUCUGUUGGUCUUGCCUCAGCUGGCAUGUACCAUAUUGGCCAAUCUGCAGCAAAGAGAAGAGUUUGUGAGCGCUGAAUGCCUAGUCUGUACUGCUUGUGCUCGUAUACAAAAAAUGAGUGUUGUCCAGGAAGUGGGUGGUCAUAAAAUUCAUUUGGUGGCCCCAGCAAUCUGCCCUUUCUCCCUCCUGUUUCUUUUUUACCACAAUAAAAAUUAAAGGUUUAUAUAAUAAAAUCAGAGUUGAGUUUUCUGCCAAGUAUUACAAACGUAGGCUUCUAUACCAACAAAAUCUCUAUUGUGAGGCCAGAGCCAGACCAGGUAGGGUGAAUCUCUUGUCUAUACUUUGUACUCUCCUAUCACAUCAGCAAUAAUAGGACUACCUGUGGGUGCUGUGGAGCCCAGGAGGUUUGAAAUCAGUUGUAGAGAAAGUAUUGAGCUGUUUUUUGUAGUUUAAAAAACAAAAAAAAACAAGUUUCACAGUGCACAUGCAGUGCUGUGAAAACAAUGCAGCUCACUUGGAAACAGCCAAAUUGUUCACUUAAUUCACUGCAAAUAUAAUAAACUUCAGCAAAUGGAGAAAUGCGGUAGGAGCUGUGCUUUGAUUUUUCUAGACUAACUUGGUAAGGCUUUGUUGGGGUCAAAUGCAAGAUAGUCUCAAGGCAGCAGAUCUGUGACUGGAGAGGGAUUGCCUUACUCCAGCGAGGAGUUAGGGCUACGGCUUGAGAUGUUUUCCCAAGGGGGAAUGCACUUAAAACUGCAUAAUCAUGCCCUUUUUCUCCCUGCUUUUGUUCACAGCUGUUUAUAGUGUCUCUCUGGGUGCUGAGUUCUCCUUUCCUUCGAAAGUCCAUGGGAGUAUUUUUGCUCUUUGGCUCUGGCAUCGGGGAUCUUUCUAGUCUACCCAUCACCUUCUCACUGUAACUCCUCUUACUCAUCUUUCCCAAGAAUAGCGCUGUCUUUUCUUGCUUCUGCCUCUCUUCCUCGAUCUUGUUUACAUCUCCACCACUGUUUGGGUCCAGACUUGUGUUGCAGAAAGAUUGUCUGUGGGAUCGGUGAGCAACGGAAAUGGGAAUUCAUCCAUAACGGAGCAGGGACGCUGCGCUUGUGCAGACAGUUGUUUCUAUGCUGCAGUGCCAGAAAAUCCUCCUUGCUUCUGCCGCUACCCCCGUGGCUGUCAGCAGGAUUCCCAUCAGUGAAGCAUGGAGAUGCUUUUCUAUCUGCCCUGCUGCUCGUGUCCCAAGGCCUGGCAGUGUGCCGCAUCGCGUCCUUGCUUGUUGGCUGGUGCCUGGCCGCGAGCGUCCUGUGCUGUAACAUCGCUGCCGUUCCUUGGGCUCGUGGGGUUUUGUGCAGCUCCGUUUGCCGAUGUGCCGGUUCCUUCCUUGCUUGCAUGGAGAUGCUUCUCCUGAGGGUCUCGCCCUCCGGCUGGGGCUUGGCUAGGCUCUGUCCCCGUGGGUUUGUUGGCUUUCUGUACCGUCUUGGGGCCUGGGGUGCUUGUACUAGGGGGUGAGUGUUGCCCUAACUUUCAGCUCCCUUGGGCUGGGAGUCUCCUGGCCAGUUCUUGCCUUGUUAAAGCCAUUCCCUGCUUAUUCAGUGGGGCUCAGCCAGGCCCUGGGCUCCAGCCUGGGCUUGCUGGAGGGAACAGCCACUGUCUUGCUCUGGAGUCUUGAGUCCUCCUUUUCUCUAGUUCUGUUUGGGCAGCUUUUCCCUAGCAGAAAGCGUCCCACUACCAACUCCAGCCCUGGAAGGGUUCCUCGACCGGCUGCUGCCUGCCUUCCCUAAAGAGGGGACGAAGCUCUCCAGCAUCGUGAUCCAGUCCUGCUGCUUCUCGUUCCCGGGCACCUCCUUGCUUUACGAGGUGACUCCUCUCUCCUCCCGUCGUUAGCAGGAGUCAAGACUGGGCCUGACAGCGAGCACGAGGAGCUGACGGCGCCCGGGAGCAGUAUCGGGUUCUCUCUUUGGCUGCGGGUAGCGGCAGCUCUUAUUUUGCGAGCUCCCUAUUUUUAACGUAGCUCUGGGGCAGGCCUAUCUCUCCUCACCUGUCCCUGUUGUGUCGGUGGAUAUAUGACUUACGGGAGAGCUUAUCGCAGGAGGAGAUGGAAUAGAUGUUAGAUUUGACAAGCUGGGCCUGAGCCGCGUGACAGAUGAAAGUGAUAUUGUGCAAGAGCCCCGGGUGGGGCGCCUGUGCUGUAAGUGCUCAAAUAUGUGGAAGUGUUUAUAGAAAGCUAGUGGACAGGGUGCAGCCGCAGCGCUAAAAAUCCUUCCAUUUCUCGACUUUGGGACUCCAGGCCAGGCAGAAGGUUGCCAUGUGCAGCUCGCCGCGUGGGCAGGCUGCUGCUGUGACCGGGGCGAGCCAGCAUCACGUGGCUUGCGCUCACGGUUCCUGUUUGGGAUUUCAUAUCAUCCUUUCUGUUCUUUCCCUUCUUUUAAAAAACAAAUAGCCCUCAAGAUUCCCUGCUGUUAUAGCUUUCUCUUCUACCCCUCGUUUUUUUUCUACCUUCAGACUGCUUCCUCUGUAAACCCCCGCCAACGGGCCACAACCUCAAAUUCCGAUCCCGGCACAACUGCGCCAGCCUGUUCGCUCUCUGAUUAUCUUCUCACGCGCUGUCUCCUCUGUACCUUUUCUUAAACAAGAAAGUGGUUUCGGUAAUUAUUUGCUGAUUGAAUUUGAAAAACAUUCCUAUGAAUACUUACCUGUAUGUACAAUUCGGGCUUGCCUCUUUCCCAGGGUUGUUAAGUGACCGAUACUGAGUGGGAUGUUGAUUCAGUUAAGUGCCAGGAGAAGAAAAGCCUCUGUGUUUUAAACUUUGCCUAUUCUUGUUUUUAUCUAUGCAUGAACAAUAUUUUAUGUAGAAUAAUACUUGUAGAAUAAUACAAUCUCAGUUGUUGUCUAGCUGUGUGAAUGAAAGUGGAUAAACAUGCAAAGUUUUACAUUU